AACUUUCAGUUCUAGCCAAAGCCCAUCCCCCACCCCGAAACCGCUCUAAAGUAGUCUUCUAAAAAGAACUCUCUCUGUGUCUUUUCGCCUGCUUAUUUCCCAAAGCAAAAGCUCUAUCGCUUCAGGAUUCGCAAUGAAAGGUGGUCAAACCAAGUCCGAUUCGAUACAAACUGGCAACAAAUUGAAGAGCAAAGGCGCAGGAGCCGGAAAGCGUGCGAAGAAGGCCGCCAAGGAUCCAAACAAGCCAAAGAGGCCUCCUAGUGCAUUCUUCGUUUUCAUGGAGGGGUUCAGGAAGCAGUACAAAGAGGAUAAUCCUGACAACAAAUCCGUCGCUGUUGUUGGCAAAGCUGGUGGUGCAAAGUGGAAGAACAUGACAGAUGCCGAGAAGGCUCCUUAUGUUCAGAAGGCAGAGAAGCGCAAAACUGAGUACAACAAGAAUAUUCAGGCAUAUAACACGAAACUGGCUGGUGGUGGAGGAAACAAUGAUGAAUCAGAUAAGUCAAAGUCUGAAAUAAACGACGAUGACGUGCAGAGCGGAGAGAAUGAAGACGAGGAUUAAAUGAGUAAACUUGCUGAUUAGAACUGGUUGGGCUGAUUAAGGAUUUCUUUUCUUACUUAGAGAUGAACAAAUGACUUGGUAUUGAUUUUAUAAUAUCGAGCAAUGAUAUCUUAGAUUAGGUAAGAGAUGGAUAUAAAUGGACAUAUUGAGCAGUAGCUUCUUCAUGGAUAUUGUACUUAAAAGUUCUCUUAAAGAUCAAAAAUUAAGUUUUGUGG